CGCAGUGCCCCGCGGGUGGGCGGGGCCGGCUCUUGGCAGCGGUUGGUGCGGCCCGGGUGGAGACUUCACGUGCGCGCGGGGGGCGGUGCGUCACUGAUCGGAGGAACUAGGAUGAAUAUGACUCAAGCACGCGUUCUGGUGGCUGGAGUGGUGGGUCUGGUGGUUGUCCUCCUCUACGCCUCCAUCCACAAGAUCGAGGAAGGACACUUGGCCGUGUACUACAGGGGAGGAGCUUUACUAACUAGCCCCAGUGGACCAGGCUAUCAUAUCAUGUUGCCUUUCAUUACUACGUUCAGAUCUGUGCAGACAACACUGCAAACUGAUGAAGUUAAAAAUGUGCCUUGUGGAACAAGUGGUGGGGUCAUGAUCUAUAUUGACCGAAUAGAAGUGGUUAAUAUGUUGGCCCCUUGUGCAGUGUUUGAUAUCGUGAGGAACUACACUGCAGAUUAUGACAAGACCUUAAUCUUCAAUAAAAUCCACCAUGAACUGAACCAGUUUUGCAGUGCCCACACGCUUCAAGAAGUUUACAUUGAAUUGUUUGAUCAAAUAGACGAAAACCUCAAGCAAGCUCUGCAGAAAGAUUUAAAUGUCAUGGCCCCAGGCCUCACCAUACAGGCUGUGCGUGUUACAAAACCCAAAAUCCCAGAAGCCAUAAGAAGAAAUUUUGAGUUAAUGGAAGCUGAGAAGACAAAACUUCUUAUAGCUGCACAAAAACAAAAAGUUGUGGAGAAAGAAGCUGAGACAGAGAGGAAAAAGGCUGUUAUAGAAGCAGAGAAGAUUGCACAAGUGGCAAAAAUUCGGUUUCAGCAGAAGGUGAUGGAGAAAGAAACUGAAAAGCGCAUUUCUGAAAUUGAAGAUGCUGCGUUCCUGGCCCGAGAGAAGGCGAAAGCAGAUGCUGAGUAUUAUGCCGCACACAAAUAUGCCACUUCAAACAAGCACAAAUUGACCCCGGAAUAUCUGGAGCUCAAAAGGUACCAGGCCAUUGCUUCUAACAGUAAGAUCUACUUUGGCAGCAACAUCCCUAGCAUGUUCGUGGACUCCUCCUGUGCUUUGAAAUAUUCAGAGGUUAGGACUGGAAGAAAAAACUCUCUCCCCUCUAAGGAGGCUCUUGAGCCCUCUGGGGAGAGCCCCAUCCAAAACAAGGAGAGCACAGGUUGAUGCAACAGGUGGAAAUGUUCUCCCAUAUCAAGAUAUGGCCCAAGGGGUUAAGUGGGAACGAUGGUUAUACGACUCUUCAGAUUUACAGAGAACUCAUGCUCCGUCUGUUCUGCCUUUCCUGUGGUAGUCCUGGUUUAUCAGCUGAUUGCAGGAUAGAGCCAGCUGUCUGGCACCCAGAUGGUCUUUUCAGGUGCAGUUUUAUCAAAUAUCCUGUGUGUGUUCCUUUCUAAACUGGUACUCAUGAAUGAGGGGAAGUCUGAUGCUAACAUACUGCCUGCACUGGAAUGUUAAACACUAAAUAUUUAACAAGCUGUGUUUUUCUUAGCUGAGAUUUAUUGGAUAAUGUUUACAUUGGUCCCCGGGGAAAUGUGUGCUCAGUCAUUCAAGAGAUAGGAGGUCAGAGAGAAGGCGGCCAGGAUGUAGUAAGUGUAAAGAAGACUGAUUAUGCCAGGACCCAGGCUUUCUCUUUGGGGUGCAGUCCCAGCAUUCAUCCAUGUGAUUAGCAUCUAGUCCGCUGAAGUUCCCCAGGAAAUGAUCUUCCACUUGAGCAACUAUUUACUUGAUACGAUUUGCACCUUUUUGUUUUCCUAGAGUCAAGAUGGUGGCCUGCUGGGACAUGCACCUUGCCACCCAAUCAGAGAUUCUUCAUAGAGAUUCCUAAUCAUUAGUUUAUUGCAUUAGUAGGCUCAAGAGAUAGAGCUUAGUUUUGAAGUUUUGGGUGAGAUGAAACCUUUGCUUUGAACCAAAGCUCUGGGGGCCGUGGCAUACCCCUCCAUUGGGUGAUGCUGUCUAUGUCACUGCCCAGGCCAUGUGUGACUAAGGUGCCUGGUUUUUAGGCUCAGACAACUCCUUCUAUGUCACCUCUCAGCUCUGGCCAAGAGUGGAACAGGACUUUAACCAGAAAUAGAAGCAGCAUCCAGUUUCCUAGCUGUUCACUGCACAGUAUUGUAUCAUAACUGCAGGAAGUUUUGAUUUUUAAAACUGGAUUUGGGGUACAUUCAUUUGCCCCCGGAACCUCUGCCUAAAGGUCAGAUCCUGGGGCUGCCAUGUUACUGGCCCACGGGUUCUCCUUCUCAACACUGAUCAGGAGCCCACCGGGUGGAUCAAGGGAGUAACCUAGAAAGCACCCUUGGUCAUCUUUGUCUCCUCCCUCCUGGCCCUGAGAUGCUGAAAUCUAAGUUGUUCCGCAGCUUUUCACCUCAACUAGGAGAUCAGGAUUAUUCCACUGACCUCCUAGGCAGCCAGUGGAUUUAAACUUACAUGAGAGGAUGACAGAGUUAGCCUGUGGCUAUGGGAGAUCUGUUUCAUCUGGACGUUUUUUUAAUCUUAAGAUUAACUUUCUUGAAUCAGUGUGCCCUGUAGUUAGGCCUGAGUUUACACAGUUUAAGACACCAUUUGUGUACACUGUGUUCAAGCCAGACAGAAAAGUCAUGGGACCACUUCCAGAAACCUUUAAGCGAACUGUCAGUCUCAUGACAGCUUCUGGGUUGUGCCGGACACUUAAUACAGGAAAGGAGUCCCAGAUUUGAGGUCUUUUCCUGGGGCCUUAUCCUGUAAAGGCAUUUGUAAUAUGGAAAGAAUAAUUUUUUUGUUUUUGCUCAUUUAAUUAUAUACAUUCUCUUUAUGAAUGAAUUUUGUGUUCUCUAGCCCUUUUUAAAAGAUUUUUGGAACUAUAUAAUAAACUCUUUACCUGUCAUAUAUUGUUGCUGCAUAUAAAUAAUGAUUGUUGUGGGAAAUCUGGAUCAUUGACCUUUGUGCUUUCAUUCCUAGAGAUGUUUCCUAUUCCCAUGAGCUAAAAACUGUUGCCCCAAAGUGAUGAAUAUGGGUUUUCUUACAAACCACAGGCUCUGGUGGCAGAGUUGAGGAACAGGGAAGUAGCACUGUGAAGUUCUCAAGAAAGGACUUCUGCUUAAACUCUCCAUGGAAUGUGCUUCUCUGUGCUCACUGGGGCUCAAAGUCUGCCCCACCCCCCGUGCCCCCUUCAGGGAUGUUCCUUUUGGUAAUCUUGAAGUCUAAAUUUAUAUGUGAAAUGCUACCUUUUUUAAAAAAGAAACUAAAUAAAAUUAUUUUACUAUCAGUGAUUUGUGUUUUUCCCAUAUGUCUCCUUUCUCUGUUGCUUAACCUGCUCCUCAGGCUGUCCUGCCCAUUUCAGCUCGGGAGCCAGUUUAUUUACUAGUUUAACUUAACUAUAGAUGCUCUCCUUACACUCUUCCCAGGAGCCUCGUGUAAGAAUUUUGAAAGCAGGGUUUCCAUUCUUUCCUGACUCACGGAAUUUAACAAGGGGUGUUUUGAUUCCUUGUGGGAUGCAGCCAGCAGCAGAGGAGGGAAGAGGGAGGAUGGAGCAUCGUGCCCCUCGGAGACUGCCUGAGAGCUGAAAUACUUACACUGAGGAGGGGAGGGGACAUUAUCCUGAGGUGGAGAAAAGACAAACUGUAUAAAUUAUAACUGGCAAUGGUAUGAUAUAAUUAACCUCACUAAUUCAGAUGUUAACCCAGGAGCCAGGGUUGGACCUGCUCUGCCCAAGCUCUCAACAUUCCCUCCUGGGGACAAUUUCACAGUGCUGUUGGGACAUCAGGGCUUGAUAAUUGGGAGUUCUGGGGAAAGCAGCCCUUUUACUCGGGUUCCUGUGGGAUCCACCCCAUAGUAUCCUACAUCGUGGCUACAAAACCAGGGAAAUUUAAAUUCAAACUAAUUAUCCUGUAGGCUUUUGGUACGUCUUAAAAUGAAGUGAUUUAGAAUUAAGUGAUUUCUGCCUCUUGCUGUGGGGAAGGAAUUUUGUGAAUUAGACGUUGUGGCUUCUGAUUGCUUUAGGAUUAAGUCCCAAGUGUGUACACACUGACCUCUCCAGCCCAGGUCCUUGAAUGUGCCUUCUCUCUGUCCCUUUGCAUGUAUUAUUCCAUCCACCUGGCCUACUUUUU